CGUCAACGCGCACACCUUUCUGGGCUCGGACGUCCGUCCGUCCGUGUUUGUUUGUUUUUUCCACCGUGUGUGCGCGAGAGACCCGCUCCGACCUCCCGGAGCGACGGUGUGACGGUGCAGCAGCAUGGCGGACGGUCCGCGGGCCGGUGACGAGGAGCCGCCCGGCGUCCGGCGCCCCCCCCUCAUCACCGUCUCCGACCUGCCCGGCGCCACCGCAGCAGGCCAGAACCUGAAGGAAUGGCUCCAGGAGCAGUUCUGCGACAAGCCCCUCGAGCAGGACGACAUGCGGCUGCACAACGCGGCCUACGUGGGAGACCUGGACACCCUGAGGAGCCUGCUGCAGGAAGACUGCUUCAGACGGCGUAUCAAUGAGAAGUCCGUUUGGUGUUGCGGCUGUCUGCCCUGCACCCCUCUGCGGAUCGCCGCCACGGCGGGGCACGCCGCCUGCGUGGCCCACCUGAUCGGCCAGGGCGCCGCGGUGGACCUGGUCGACGUGAAAGGUCAGACGGCCCUCUACGUCGCCGUGGUGAACGGUCACCUGAACUGCGUUCGGAUCCUCCUCCGGGCCGGAGCCGACCCCAACGGGAGCCGCCACCACCGCAGCACGCCGCUGUACCACGCCGCGCGGGUGGGAAGCCUGGACGUACUGCAGGAGCUCAUCAGACCCGUGUUCCCGUCUAGGUUCAAGGCCGACGUUGACAUGGACCACCAGCUGGGGCCCCGCCUCCUCCUGAGCGCUCGCACCCUCAACACCCUGGUGGUGUGUCCCCUCUACGUCAGCGCCGCCUACCACCACCUGCACAGCUUCCGCCUGCUGCUCCAGGCCGGCGCUCAGCCCGACUUCAACUACAGGGGGCCCGUCUGCCGCGAGGCGCUGACCCGCGGCCUGGCCUCCUGCCUGCUGGACGCCGUGCUGCGGCACGGCUGCGAGGCGGCGUUCGUCCACCUGCUGCUGGACCACGGCGCCGACCCGGCCCUGGUGCCCUGGGACGGCUUAGAGCUGGAGGGGCCCAAUCGGAGGCAGGUGGAUCCGGAGGCGCUCGGCGCCUUCCUGGAGGCGAGGCGGUGCCCCCGCAGGCUGACCAGCCUGUGUCGCAUCGGGAUCCGCAGAGCGAUGGGCAAAAACCGGCUCCAUCACAUAACCUCGUUACCGCUGCCCAAAACCAUCAAGAACUUCCUGCUUCAUCAGAACGGACACCCAGAGCUCCUCCCAACCAAAGCUUAGAGGAACAACCACGGGAAAUAUUCCAGCACAACGCAAUUUAUUGGUCCCUGUAGGCCGAUUGCUAAGCCAGAGAGUUAAUGGUCCCACCCUGUUGUUGUUGUAAUGGUUUAUUGAGAGAAGCCUUAGUAAGUCCUGGCCUGCAUGUGAACAUGUGAUUUGGUGAGAAGCUGUGACUCCGCUGGCCAUGUAUUAAACAUCCCAUUCAGAGGCAGAAGAACCCACUUCCAGCUCUUUUGAAUCGCUCAUGUAACUGUUUAGUGAAAGAGCUCAAAUCCUUGAUUUCAUAAAGUGAAACCGGUGCAGCCACCAGGCACCUUAAAGGCCCUCCUUUGGAUCUCAGUACCACUGACAUGACAUAGUGUCUGAGCAGAGAAUACUGUGUCCUUUGUGCAUGUGAGUACCUCCCCUCCCUCAUGUGAACAUCUUUAGCUCCAUGAACACUUGGGCCCAUAGUUUGCUAUCUGCAAGCCACUGGCUCGGCCAUUGAGAGGGAGAUCCACAUGGAGUAGGUUUAGAAGCUAGAUCCUUUAUAUGUAUGAUUACUAAUGUACAGGUAGGAAGAAAUGUUCUAUAGAUUAGCUUGUAUUCUGCUUCGAUUGAUGCAUUAAGCACUUUAUGUUUGUCAUUCUGUGUUUACAUUCAAGGAUCUUAUUUUAGCCGUAUGCCUUAACAUUGACUUCUGGAAAAGGGUUGCAAAGAUUGAUAAUACUAAAAAUACAAUUGUAGAUAUAAAAAGGAAAAAAAUCUGAAAAAAAUCAUUGUCAUUGAUCUUAACUAAUAACUGAAACAAGAACUACUGAUGUACGUUACCAUCAUGUAAGACCUGCAGAGGUCAAAUUUCACAUGAAAAUUGAAAUUAUGAAACUACUUUUUUUUUUUCCUCUAUUGCCUAAAUGUAUCAGUAUCCAACUGCUUAGUGUGCUAAUAAGGCUUUUUAACCAUGUUGAUUAGCAGAUUGUUGUCCCCCGAUUGGUCGCUGUCAAUCAAUCCUUUUUGGUCUGGGAGCUGCAGAGAGUGAUGCAAUACAAGUGUGACAAAGUG